CUCCCUCUCCCUCUGACUCUCUCCUCCCCACCCCUCUCGCGAGCCGGCGGGGGAGCGGGAGAGGCGGGUGCGGGCGGCGGAGCGGCCGCCGUGGCCGCGGGUGGCGUGGUGACCACGACCGCCUCUGGAGAGCGCAUCCGGAAGAACCACGCCUGUGAGAUGUGCGGCAAGGCCUUCCGCGACGUCUACCACCUGAACCGACACAAGCUGUCGCACUGGGACGAGAAGCCCUACCAGUGCCCGGUGUGCCAGCAGCGCUUCAAGCGCAAGGACCGCAUGAGCUUCCACGUGCGCUCACAUGACGGCGCUGUGCACAAGCCCUACAACUGCUCCCACUGUGGCAAGAGCUUCUCCCGGCCGGAUCACCUCAACAGUCACGUCAGACAAGUGCACUCAACAGAACGGCCCUUCAAAUGUGAGAAAUGUGAGGCAGCUUUUGCUACGAAGGACCGACUGCGGGCGCACCCAGUCCGACCCGAGGAGGAGGUGCCAUGUCACGUGUGUGGCAAGAUGCUGAGCUCGGCUUAUAUUUCCGACCACAUGAAGGUGCACAGCCAAGGCCCUCACCACGUCUGUGAGCUCUGCAACAAAGGUACCGGUGAGGUCUGUCCUAUGGCGGUGGCAGCGGCGGCGACGGCAGCGGCAGUGACAGCCCCCCCCACAGCUGUGGGCUCCCUCUCGGGGGCGGAGGGGGUGCCCGUGAGCUCUCAGCCACUUCCCUCCCAGCCCUGA